AUGAACGGAGACAGUUACGCUUCCAGAGAACCUGGACGCCCCAGGGAUUACUACGUGAGUAUCAAUCGCCGAGAUGAGCGACGCGAACGUGGUGGCGAACGUGGUGGUGAGCGUGGCAGCGAACGUACCGGCGAACGGGGCGAGGCGCGUGAGAGAGGAGAGCGACGACGCUCGCGGUCGCCUCAUCACGGUCCCAGGACUUCCCGACGGGAGCAAGAAGUGGAUUCGUAUUCGUCCAGUCGUGACUACCGCGCUCGAGAACGUGAAGAUCGCUAUUCCAGUAGACGGGAGGAGCGCGAGUGGGAUCGCGGAGACAGAGGAGAUCGCCGGAGACGUGACUUUGACGGGGAGCGGCCACCUCGUCGUGAGAGGGACUUGCUAGAGGAGAGACCUAGACGGGAGGGCAAAGAUCGAGACCGCGAGCGCGAUCGGGGUGACCGCGGUGACCGUGGAGAUCGUGGGGAUCGAGGUGAUCGGGGUGAUCGGGAACGGCGCGAACGGCGCAGGAGUGCGACCCCGUCUCGAAAGAGAGAGCCCACGCCUGAUUUGACAAACGUCCUGUCUGUCUUGGAACGGAAGCGCCGUCUGACACAGUGGGAUAUCAAACCUCCUGGCUAUGAGAAUGUCACUGCAGAACAAGCCAAGCUCUCUGGCAUGUUCCCUCUUCCUGGUGCGCCUAGACAGCAGCCCGUCGACCCGAGUCGCCUUCAAGCUUUCAUCAGCCAGCCAACAACCAGCUCCGCCGACACCUCGGCUCUUAAACCUUCGAAUUCGCGUCAGGCCAGGCGCCUGUUUGUGCACAAUCUGCCGCCGAAUGUCAGCCAGGAGGCUCUGUUGUCAUUUUUCAAUCUUCAGUUGAACGGUCUGAAUGUGAUCCAGAGCAUCGAUCCUUGUAUUUCAGCACAGAUUUCCGAAGAUCGGACCUUUGCCCUUCUUGAAUUCAAGACCCCCGAGGAUACUACUGUUGCACUUGCAUUCGACGGAAUUGCCAUGGAAGAACAUACUGAGACAGCCAAUGGAACAACCAAGGGACUCGAAGUGCGGCGACCCAAGGAUUAUAUUGCCCCUGGAGACAACGAGCAAGAGUAUCAGGAGGGUGUUCUGCUUAAUGACGUUCCGGAUUCCCCUAACAAGAUCUGCGUCUCGAAUAUCCCUCACUACAUUCCCGAGGAGCCGGUCACUAUGCUUCUCAAGUCAUUUGGCGAACUCAAGUCUUUCAUUUUGGUCAAGGACAGAUCUACUGAAGAAUCAAGGGGAAUCGCUUUCUGCGAAUAUGCUGAUCCCUCGGCUACUGCCAUCGCAGUUGAAGGUCUCAACGGGAUGGAGCUGGGUGACCGUCAUCUCAAGAUUGUUCGUGCCAGCGUCGGAGCCACCCAGGCAACGGGUUUGGACAUGGGAGUCAACGCCAUGUCGAUGUUUGCCAAGACUACCUCUAACGACCUGGAGACCACUCGGGUCCUGCAGCUGUUGAACAUGGUGACACCCGAGGAGCUCUUGGAUAAUGAUGAUUACGAAGAAAUCUGCGAUGAUGUGCGUGAUGAGUGCUCCAAGUACGGCCAGGUCGUGGACCUGAAGGUUCCCCGUCCUACCGGUGGGAGCAGACAGUCCGCUGGUGUGGGCAAGAUAUUUGUUCGAUUCGAUUCAGUUGAAUCGGCUACAAACGCACUGAAAGCGCUUGCCGGGCGCAAGUUUUCUGACCGAACCGUUGUGACCACAUACUUCUCUGAGGAGAACUACAAUGUCAAUGCCUGGUGA